AUGGAUCCUUCUGCAGCACUUUUAAGUCUUCUUCACCAACCCUCCUCUUCAGCUGACUCGUCAUUGGCUGGUCAACGGAGUCCAACUGCAUUCUCUCCACACAACUCGCAAUCCACGACGACUGUUCAGUCAAAUCCAUUGCCUCAACAAAACUCUACCGUUAGUAGCAGCACUAGUACUGCGUUAUCACUUUUCAGCAUGCCUCAAUACCCUUUACACACAUCACAGCAGCAGCAACAGUACAAUGGUUUCAUGUCAAGCAUGGUUUUACCAGCUACCACUGGUGUUCCUCCAGCUCCACCGCCUCCGCCAACUCAACAAAUUGGCGGAUCCUCAACUCCAUCACAAUUAACCCAGUCACUAGUUACGCCACCACCAGAUCCGUUAACCACCUUGUUUCAAAGCUUGCAUUCGCAACCGAUACCGAUGGCUCCACCGCCACCACCGAUUCCUAAAUCUGUUAUAACACAAGCCGAAGUUCAAGAGACAAGAGCGUCUAGUGAGUCUGAUUCUCCUACUACAUCCGUUCAUAUAAACGGGGAUACUUCGAAUGGAAAUCCCACGUUUACUAUAGAUAAGGAACCGUCAUCAUCUUUUUCAUCAUUGAAAUUACCUUUUUUCGGUUUCAAUCCUUCUGGAUCCAAUAUUAAUGAAGAAGAAACUCAGGUUCAGACAGAACGUAUAGACUCGACUUCUACACCUUUAGUAUCUUCCGUAGUUCAGAAUACUAAUCAGUCCGAACUAGAAAAUAAUAAACUUUCACCUCCUGAAAAAUCAAAUGUUGAUCGGAUAAACACACCGGUGGAAGUAAUUGAUUACAACAACCUUUCAGCACAUGUAAUGAAGUCAUCGUCAGCAAAAUCAACUCCUCCACCUGAAAAACAAUUAUCGUCGCCAGUUACAAAAUCAAUGUUUACUUACACAAAUCCGUUUGAUUUGCUGAAAAAUUCAUCACCUUCUCCUCCUCCUAAUCGGGAGUUUAAUCAUAUCCAACUAACGUCUAAUACACAAACUUCACCUACGCAAAAAAAGCGAGAAAUUACCUCGCAUGCUAAAGAAGGUGGAAUGUUUUCGCGUCCUUUGCAUCAGAUAGAACCGUUUUUAUCGGGAUUAUCAGCAUGGAAUGUUCGUGCUACUUCUGCACCGAAAAAUGAUUUGAGUCCUCCCGAUGGAGUGAGACUCCCACCAGGUGAUAUUUUGUAUAGUGCAGCGGAAAGAAAUGAGGCAGUAUUAUGUACAAAAGACUUGAACACUGAGACUAUAACACUUAUUCCGAGUGAUCUCGAAUAUCGAGUUGGGAAAUCAAUAGCUGUUAAUGGACAAUAUAUUUGUUAUACUGUUAAAGCUGGAAAAGUUCGAGUUAUUAGCUCACUUUACGGCAGCAAAACAUUAUUGCGUAAACAUGAAAAACCAAUUGUUGAUAUAAGUAUUCAGAAUUCAUAUAUACCUGAUAUUGACGCGCCAGUUGACAAGCAAUUACUUCUGGUAAUUGGAUCUGAUAGUAAAAUUACUGUAUGGGAACUUUCAGAUGCACCUCAAGAGCAGAACGCCGAAAUUCCAUCUAAAACGAUCCUUGAGAUUGAUGGGAAAGAUUUGACUGAUGAUAAUCAUUGCCGAUAUCUUCGUGCUAUUUGGCAUACUGUUAAUCGUAACAUGUUUGCAGUGGCAACAAAUACUAAUGAUGUACUUAUUAUUGAUAUUAACAAGUUAUUGGAUGGUGCAGAGUCCGGAAGUUUCAAAGAGCACGAAAUUUCUGAAAAGAUUCUUAAAACUGAUCCUCAUGAAGAGACUAUUAAUGAUAUGACAUUUUCAUUUGAUGGAACGAUUCUUGUGACUGCAAGCCAUGAGAAUAUUAUGUUUUCCGAAUUAGAGAUUAAUAGCGAUAAUAUUGUCGAAGGAAUUGGUCCAGCUCAUAGAAUAAUUCUGAGCGGGGAACAAUGUAGCUCUGUGUUUCUAGUUAAUCCUCAAGACUUGUCUCCUGAAGCGACGAUUCCCCCAUUAAAAUGUAAUUACGCGAUAAUUGGUACCGAACGUAAUACCACUAUACAUUUAUAUGAUGUCAUCGAAGGACAAACUGUACAGACUAUCAAGUUUUUGCCGCCUCCUGCACGACGUCCAUCCUUGAACAAAGCAUACCGAAAAGAAGAUGACAUGUUUAAUUGCAUUGAUUACGAUCAGCGUACACGUACUUUAGUUCUUGCGAAUAGCGCAAGAAUAUCUAUUAUUACCUUGCACUUGAAUAUUCCUCAAGGAAAGGUAGACACUUACCAUAUUUCCCCUGAACAGACAAAUAUAGGUAUCCCAGGAGUUAUUGAAACUGAGCAAACGGACUCACUUGAAGAUUCUUCUUUUAAUUCGCCACAGUUCGAUUAUCUAAUCGAAUUCCCAGUAAAUCAAUUAGUUGGAAGCUUCGUCCUUGUGUCAGAUCCGUCCUCGGGCUCUCAUGAGUCCGAGGGUCUGUCUUUCUAUUGCAUUCAAUCAAAAGCUGUACAACAAUAUUACAUCGCUAAAGAACUUCUGUAUCCGAGCAACAUUGACCAUUGUCCAAUAUUUGAGAGCACGACGCGAUCAAUCGGUCAAGUUGAGCAAGACGACCGGAUAGUAACUCAUUUGGACGAAAGAGGUGAUUUUAAAAAAGAAGAGCCCGAAAAGAAUGUUUCUAAAUCAUCUGUUAAAUCCGAAAAUUCACAAUAUUCCAAUAAUGAAGAAAAUUUAACGGAAAAAGAUAAUUUCAAAGAAACAGUUGUUGCGACUGGUACUGAAACUGCUUCUAUUGAUGUAAUUGCUAAUACAGAAACGGUAACCGUUGAAACGGAAACAACCGAAAAAGUGGAAAAUGCCUCAGGUAAUAAUAACGAGUCAGUUAUUAGUAGUAAUAUCGUCGUUGUUUCUGAGGAAACAGAAGGAAGAGGAUUGGAUCAAAAUAACAAUAAUAACAAAGUCGACACUACAUCUGGUAUUAAACUCUCUGGUACGGCUGUCAAUGGGGCUAUUUCAAAAAUAAAAAGAAAGGGUCUUCCUUCCUCAUCAAAUCAAACUGAACCAUUAUCUGAUCCAGAGAAAAGUUCAAGACGUAAAGAAUCACGUCGAGCCAUGGAAAGAGAAGGAGGAAUUGAGGGUGAAACUACAG